CCCAGCAACUUCUCUCAUUGUCCAUCAUUUCAGUCGUUCUUUUUGCCAGAGAAUCAAAGUUGUUGAGCUCUGGAAAAUCCUUCUUCUACUAAUAGAUUUUCUAUUCCAUCGUUAUCUGUCGAAUAUGGCGCGCUCGCUUCUUCAUUCCCUUACGGCUGCCUUGGCCUUGUCAACGGCCGUUUAUUCUCUACCCCAGAGCCAAUUCGGAGUGCCGGUUGGGGGCGAUAAUGGAGGAAUUAAUCAAGAUUCUGGAGUAGCAAAUGCGCGGGAGGAGUCAUCGUCUACUUCCACUACGUCGCUACUAUCCUCUCUUGCCAAUCAUGGCCCAGUCAGACAACCGCGCGACACUUCGGCGUGCAAUAACUCGCCGGCACUCUGCGGCCAGGCAUAUAACACCAUCACCCAUAUGGGGGCCCACGAUAGCGCCUUCUUGAGAGAUGAGAGCACGGGCAAUAGCGUCGCCGGGAACCAGUUUUUCAACGCCACACGUGCCCUGAGUGCCGGCCUGAGAUUGCUUCAAGCCCAGGUCCAUAACGAGAAUGGGACACUCAAGCUCUGUCACACCACCUGCUCGUUGCUCGAUGCAGGAUCUCUGCAGACGUGGCUCGGAGCAAUCAAGUACUGGAUGGACACCAAUCCCAACGAGGUGGUCACCUUGCUGCUAGUGAACUCGGACAACGUAGAUGCGGCCACCUACGGCCAGAUCUUCGAGGCCUCGGGUAUCUCAACCUACGGCUACACACCAAAGUCGACCAGCGCGACAGGCGACUGGCCAACGCUCCAACAAAUGAUCAGCGCCAAUACCCGCCUCGUCACGUUCAUUGCCUCCAUCACCUACUCGCCAAGCUACCCUUAUCUUCUCAACGAGUUCACCUACGCCUUUGAGACUUCUUUCGAGGUUACCAGCCUCUCCGGCUUCAACUGCACCCUGGACAGGCCUAAGAGCGUCAGUUCCGCCGCUACCGCCAUCUCCAACAACAUGCUUCCUCUGUUGAACCACUUCGCCUACUCGGCGCUCACAUCCACCAUUCUUAUUCCUGCCGUUAGCGACAUCGACACUACCAACAGCCCGUCAACGACCACCACAGGCGCACUUGGCUUGCACGCCCAGAAUUGCAAGCAGCAGUGGGGGAUCAAGCCGGUGUUUGUGCUCGUCGAUUUCUUCGACCACGGCCCUGCAAUCAACACGGCCGAUACGCUCAAUGGGAUCUCGCCAGUCGGAAGGAGCACCUUGUCCAAGUCGGGCGGCUCGUCGGGCGCCGGCUCGUCGGAUGCGAACCCGGCCAUGAAGGAUCGCGUGGGCUCAGUGGCGUUGCUUGCCUUCCUGGCAGCUGCCUUGUUGACCGUCUAGGAAAGCGGCUGGAACCGCUUGAUGGUGUCUUUUCUUCCUUCUUUCUUUUCUCUCUCACUUGGCUAGCUCUUUUUGGCCUGGUUGUCCUGCCAGUUUUAAUACAAAGCAUAGCGAUGGCGUUCUUGAGAGCCUGUUAUGGAUGCGGAUAUCGCUGGAAAGCACCACUAAACUGAUAUCUGGGGAAAUGGUUCUCAAAUAGAGGUUUAGAAUCGGGAUAUAUACAAAAUUGGAAGGUUUAGGGACAACCUCAAAUCGCAGGCAAUGCUCAAGGCCUAGCUCUUUUUUGGUGACAGGGCAUUGCUUAUACCAACUGCUAGCUCUCAAUACAACUCCUCCUUUCCCCUAAACAGGAAACAAGUAGGCUCCCAUUGUAGAGGUUGUGAUGGUUUUCUAUAUACCAAGGUUGGCCUUUAAUUGCUCCUGGCCAUGUAAGAC